GCACAAUGAGCUAGCCAGCUGGUGUGUGGAGGGGGAAGGCAGGGGAGUCAGCUGAUUGUUACAGGGGGAGGAAGCAUCAUCUGAUACAGAGGAAGGAGCUGCAGUGUGUGUGUGCUGUGUUUUUGCAUCGUGUGUCAGUAAUUAUUGUCACAGGUAAGCACCCUAAAACCUCCUCAUGAGUACCCUCUAAAAUGCCAGGCAGGGCAUGUGAAAGAACAGAGUGUUUGCAACAUAAGGGCAUGUGGAUAUGGAAGAGGAAGAGCAUCUCUGGGCAUACUGUCCAUGUUUGUAUGAAUGGAGUAGCAGUAGAUACUGUGAACUAUAUUAAUCUGUCUACAGUUUUGUUGUAUCUAGAUGUGUGGAAACUUGCAUGUGCAACUAUAUAUACUGCAGUUAUAUUCCACAGUGAACAGGGGCGGUAUUUUACUAAAAAUGCCUGGCAAACUCUUGUUCCUUGGUACGUGAAAUGUGGUGACAGUUAUAUUUACAUCUUUGUUCCGUCUCCCCUUUCUUCACACAUCGGACUUAAAGGGACACUCCAGGCACCCAGACCACUUCUGCCCACUGGACUGGUCUGGGUGCCAACUCCCACUACUCUUAACCCUGCAACUGUAAUUAUUGCAGUUUUUUAUAAACUGCAAUAAUUACAUUGCAGGGUUAACUCCACCUCUAGUGGCGGUCUACUAGACCGCCACUAGAGUGCACUUCCUGAUUCAUAGCAAAGAUUAGGUUUCCUCAGCCAGCGGGCGGGAUCAGACUCGCCCACCAGCUGACGUUACUGGGAGGAGCGACGCCGACCCGAAACCACCGCCAAGGGACAUCGGCAGGGUCUCAGGUAAGUGACCUGAAGUGGUUUUCACACAUUCAGCUACCUAGGGUGGGAGGUGGGAGGGAAGAGGGUACCUGCAGUGACAGGAAAACAGAUUGUUUUCCUGGCACUGGAGUUUUCCUUUAAAGCGGCACUGUCAUGUAGAACUUACCUUUACCCAAUCGCUUCCUCUUCUAUUGUCUCUCAGAAUCUGUUCUUCUUUUCAAACUUUCUGAUCUAGUUUUCUAGGGACUACUUUGUCUUAUGUAUUUUUCCUAUGCUUGACCAUCUUUGUCCCAAGGAAGAGCUUAAGUCCGCUCCAUUUUCUGUGGUCAAAUAAAUUUUCCCACAAUACUCACCUCUCCUUCUGUGUUCUCACAUUGCUUCAUUCGCCAUUCAAACACCCUGUCGUAGAGACAGGGUGCCGGCAAAACUACCAAAUUUCGUCCUAACACAAUCGUAGUGCGCAUUGGGUGGGGACCCUUAAAUGACAAUGGGGGACCUACUAUCUUUCACCCCGCACCCUCACGCCCACACACGGGCUGUGGGUGAGGGUCCUUAAAUGACAUGGGAUCUGGAGCUCAUGAAACUCUACUUAAAUAGCAUCCUCAAUCACACCUUGGCCAAAUUGGAGGCUAAAUUUAAUCAAUUUUGGGCAAAGCUGGAAGAUUGUCUGACAGGGAUCGACUCUCUCAGCCCGUAGGGGAAACCCUGGGACCCAGCAGCGAGAGACUGGAGGGACUCCCUCAUUUGUAAACCAGACUUUUUUAGUUUUUUUUAGAAGAGACUCUGAAGCUAUCUUCCUGUGCACACUUGUGCCUGCUCAUGCAUGCACACUUCACAGCUGGUCUGAUUGGGGGGGAAAAAAGAUGUGGGGGGAGGCAGGCCACCUCUGUUAGCUCAGUGGAGCUAACCGUAGCCAGAAACAAACCUCCCUGGCUGUUGGUCAGCAAGAGAGGUGUUUCAUUAUUUAAUGAUAAAAGUCCAGGUUUCGCAUAGAAAUAGGCACUUUUAUAAAAAAAAAAAAAAAAACUGUACACUGUACGGUCAGGAAGAUAAAUAUGUAUCCCUGACCCGAUAGUGUUAAACACUAUCUACGCCUUCCCUUGUACCCCUAAAUAUACUAAAAUAUUACUUUUAUUCCAGUCUGCUUCUGGCUCUGCUCCUGAUUUGCCUCCUUGCCUGACAUCAUCAAAAGUGUUGAUCACAGCCAAUCACAAUACUUUUCCAUAGGAAAGCACUGGAUUGGCUCUAGUUUGUCAAGGAGGCUGAUCAGGGACCGAGCCAGCACAAGCUAAACAACCCUAGCCCAUCCGCAUCUCUUCCUAGAGAUGCAUUAAAUCAAUGCAGACUAGGCAGAUAAUAUAGCAGGUCAAAAGUAGUUUUAAAAAAAUAAUAAAAUAUAUUGUACGAACAAUGUUUUGCAGAUCCAUUAGAGAGUACAGACUGCAUUUAGCAUUGUGUUUCUGACUUGAAUGAUGAAUGCAAAAAUAAAAUAGAGCACUAUCAGGUCAGGCAAGGGUGGAUAGAACGGAGUGAAUACAGAUGGUUAUUUCAAAAAGCCUGAUGAGAUUUUCUGUAGAAAUAACAAAAAGCACUGUUUCAUUACCUUCAGUAACUUCUGUUAAGCUAAAUAAUGAUAAACUGAUAUUGCAUUAUUAGUUUCAUUUUUAGUAAAUGUGAUACAGUAGCAAUAAAAGAAAUCUAAGUAUACUUUUGAUAUUAAUGUGUUUCCUUACUUAACAGCACUAAACUUUUCCUUCGCUCUGAGCACCAUGAUCCACAGCCUGUUCCUGAUAAAUCCUUCAGGAGAUAUUUUUCUGGAGAAGCACUGGAAAAGUGUAGUAUCCCGCUCUGUUUGUGACUAUUUUUUUGAGGCUCAAGAAAGGGCAUCAGAAGCGGAAAAUGUACCUCCAAUCAUACCCACACCCCAUCACUACCUUCUCAGUGUCUAUCGACAUGCUAUUUUCUUUGUAGCUGUCAUCCAGACAGAGGUGCCUCCACUCUUUGCCAUUGAGUUUCUUCAUCGUGUGGUCGACACAUUCCAGGUGACAUUUCUGUUUGUUUUUCUUUCUUUUUGGGUUGAGCCUUAUCUAACCUUUUACUUAGCUCUGUGCUGUAUACAAGAGUACUCAAGCUCAUAGUUUUCUUCAUUUUGCUAGGAUUACUUUGGCUCAUGCUCUGAGGCAGUCAUCAAGGAAAAUGUGGUGGUUGUUUACGAGGUUCUGGAAGAGAUGUUGGACAAUGGAUUCCCCCUUGCCACGGAGUCCAACAUUUUGAAGGAGCUUAUUAAACCUCCAACCAUCCUUCGUAGUGUUGUUAACACAAUCACAGGUAAGAUUAAGGAAUAAGCAGAAAUUAACGUUGCUAUUCAUGAGGAAGGAUCUGGGAAGUAAUCAUUUUGUCAAGAAUGGGAGCAUUUAAAGAGUUAUUAGUCUACCUCAACUCCUCAGAGAUUGUAAGCUCCUUUUGAAAAGGGCCUUCUUUGCCUCUAAUUAUCCAUUCUUUAAUAAAGUGCUGCGGAAUAUCUUGUCACUAUAUAAAUGAUUAUAAUAUAAUUUAUAUAGCGCCAACAUAUUCUACAGUCUUUUACAAUUCCAGAAUAAUAUUUUAUAUGUAAUUAAUAUGCAAAAUAUCAGACCAGCGGCGAAGAAGGCCCUGCUUAAAAUCUAAUAAAAAUGUUUUUUUUUUUUUUUUUUUAAACGGUUUAGUUGUUGCACAUUAAUGGACAGUCAUUAUAACCUACUGAAAAUGGGGCUUGGGUCAGAGAGAAUCUUAUGGAUUUCUACUGGAUAAAGGGUAGAGGAGCCAAGUGGUCCAUAUUUGAUGUGACAUGUUAUUGAGUUCAAGACUAUGAAUCCUGGCAAAGUGGGAGAAUGUAAUUUAUUUGUUUAUUUUUCAGGCAGUUCUAAUGUUGGUGACCAGCUCCCCACAGGUCAACUUUCUGUUGUACCAUGGAGACGUACAGGAGUGAAAUACACCAAUAAUGAGGCCUAUUUUGAUGUAAUAGAAGAAAUCGAUGCUAUCAUUGAUAAAUCAGGUAACUCAGGGCUUCCCAAAAUUUUAUGGGCCGAGACCCACUUUUCAAAAUGGUAAUUUUUCGAGACCCACUUGCUUUUAAUGCAUAUUUUAAAAAAGUGAAAAUCAUGGCAAUCAGCUUUAGAGGCAUACAAUUGGCAUACCAUAGCAAUCCGCUUUAGAUGCACACAAUUGGCACACCAUGACAAUUACUUUUAGAGGCAAAAAAAUGACACACCAUGGCAAACUGCUUUAGAGGCAUACAAUUGGCACACUAUAGCAAUACGCUUUAGAUGCAUACAAUUGGCACACCGUGGCAAUCCGCUUUACAGGCAUACAAUUGGAACAAUAUGUCAGCUUUAGAUGCAUAAAAUUGGCACACUAUAGCAAUCUGCUUUAGAUGCAUACAAUUGGCAUACCAUGGCAAUCUGCUUUAGAUGCAUAAAAUUGGUACAUCAUGGCAAUCAGUUUUAGAUGUAUAAACUUGGCACAUUAUGGCAACUUUAGGUGCAUACAAUUGGCACACCAUGGCAAUCAGUUUUAGAAGCGUACAAUUGGCACACCAUGGCAACCAGCUUUAGAGGCAUACAUUCAGAACAUCAUGGCAAUCCGUUUUAGAGGCAUAAAAUUGGAACAUCAUUGCAGCUUUAAAUACAUAAACUUGGCAUGGCAAUAAGCUUCAGAGGCAUACAAUUGGCAUACCAUGGCAAACAGUCAGAUGCAUAAAAUUGGCAUACCAUGGCUGUUUUAGAUGCAUAAAAUUGGUAUAACAUGGCAGUUUUAGAGGCAUAAUUCUGGGAUAUCAUGGCCGUUUUAGAGGCAGAAACUUUGCACAUCAUGGCAAUCCGUUUUAGAGACAUACAACUGCUUACUCACAGACUCAGAAUCAGAAAUGCUGUUGUCCUGCUCUUUCAUCCACGCACCUCACAUUGAUUAUCCCAGUGGUGGAACUAAUGUAGAGAGGACCCUGGUGCAAGUAAGUUUUCUGGGCCCCCAUCUAGUGAAAGUGUGGCCAAAAGGUAGAUCUCCAUCUGUCGGAGAACUUCAACAAUGCUAUACCAGAUGGGGAUCUACCAUUUUCUUAUCAUUGCAGGGUUAUAUUUGUGAGCAGUGUUUGAGCGUUUGAAUGUAAGCAUGUUUUUGUAUUCAGUAUAUGUGUGCAUGUAUGGGUGUAUUUGUACGUACUGUUGCCAUUUGAAUGUAGUGGUGUACUUGUUUGUAAUGUUUGCGUUUGAAUGCAUGGGUGUUUGUAUGUAGUGUCGGACUUGAAAUGCAGGUGUGCUUUUUGAGUGGUGUUUGAAUGAAGGGGUCUUUGUAGAUAAUUUUAGUGUUUUAAUGCUGGGGUGUGUUUUGUAUGUAAUGUUUGUGUGUAGUGGAUGCAUUGUGUGUGUGUGUGUGUGUGUAGUGGAUGCAGUGUGUGUAUUGUGUUUAUAAAAUAUACAUAUACACAAUGUGUGUUUUGAAUGUAAGCAUGUUUUUUGUAUGGACUAUGUGUGAAGUGUGUACACAUAUACACAGACACACAAAUACACACCCUGACACAGCAAUACACAAUGACACCUAGUUUCCCACACAUAGAUACAGACACUCAUGUACACAGAUACACACUGACACAAAAGGACACAGAUACACAUACACGCAGACAGGAGGUGAGGGUGACAGUGUGGGAGGGAGUGUGUGUGCUGGUAACAGUGUGGAGGCAGUGUGAGGGCAAAGUGAGAAAAUGUUACGGGGUGGGCAGGCAGGGGGAGAAAGGGUUACGGGCAGGGAGGGGGAGCGAGAAGGGGCUGCGGGUGGGCAGGGCAGGGGAGAGAAGGGGCUGCGGUGGGCAGGCAGGGGAGAGAAGGGGCUGGCGGGUGGGCAAGCAGGGGAGAGAAGGGGCUGCGGGGUGGGCAGGGCAGGGGGAGAGAAGGUGGCAGGGCAGGGGAGAGAAGGCUGCGGGUGGGCAGGGCAGGAGAGAAGGGGCUAUGGGUGGGCAGGGCAGGGGGAGAGAAGGGGGCUGGCGGGUGGGCAGGGCAGGGGGGAGAGAAGGGGCCAUGGGUGGCGGCAGGGGAGAAGCUGCAGGGUGGGCAGGGCAGGUGGAGAGAAGGGCUGCGGGUGGGCAGGGCAGGGGAGAGAAGGCCAGCGGGGUGGCAGGGCAGGGGGGAGAGAAGGCUGAGGGUGGGCAGGGCAGGGGGGAGAGAAGGUAGCUGGGUGGGCAGGCAGGGGAGAAGGGCCGCGGCAAGCAGGGCAGGGGAGAGAAGGGCUGCGGGUGGCAGGGCAGGGGAGAGAAGGGGUAGCUGGGUGGGCAGGGCAGGGGGAAAGAAGGGGUUGCGGGUGAGACGCAGGGGAGAGAAGGGGUAGCGGGGUGGAGAGGGCAGGGGGAGAGAAGGCGUGACAGUGUGGGGAGGGGGGCAGGGAGUGAAGGGGUGACAUUGGGGGAGGGAAGGGGGUGUAAGGGGUGACUGGGUGACAUGGGGAGAGGGGGAUGUCUGGGGACUGUGUCCUACCUUCAUUGAAUUCCCUGGUGAUCUCCGGUCUGAGCUCUGCCGGGUGCAGAGCUGCAGACCGUGUAAUAAGUCUUGCGAGCUCCCAGAGUGUUGCCAUGGUAACGCUCUGGGAGCUCGCGAGAUUUCUAUCACACGGUCUGCAGUACUGCACCCGGCGGAGCUCAGACCAGAGCUGCUGGACAGACUGAUUGGAGGGAGCCCGGCGGCAUACAGGGCAAGCCGCCGGGCUCCCUCCUUGUGUCAGUCUGCUUGCCCGAGUCCCCUGCGGCCCUGGAUGUGUGGGUCAGCGCGACACACACUUUGGGAACCGCUGAGGUAACUAAUAGUGAUUCCAUAUUUAAACUAGGUUAGACAAAAGCAUAAAAUGUACCUUAUAUGUUAUGAGUAGUAUCUCCUUUAACUUAAUAAGAGAAGUGAAGGAUGACGUGGACCAGUCUACAAUCGUAUGUUUAAAUGAAUCCCGCUGCAUGCAAAUAUCUGUCCUUGACCCAUUUAUAAUUAGAUGGUGUGACACUGCCUUCCAUUGAUUCUAUAGCAAUGUAUGGCAGUCUAGGGGACCCCUUUCCAUGCCCAGUAAAUGGCUGAAAAUAAUUCUGUAGCAACAUAAAUAAUCACUUUCAAGUGAAUUUUGUCUGCCAUCACAGAGAUAGCUGGCCUAGUCAUCUUUUGAUUGUGGAAUAAAAGCAUUUAGGAGAUUAUGGUUUAGCAGAGUGUUUUGUUUUUAACGUGUUCCAAUUAUUGCUUUUUUUUGCUUUCUCUUGGUAGGAUUACCUUCUAAUACUUGGGGCUGAACAUGAUAUAGUAAAAUCGUCUUGGGAAGAGUCAUACUGUCAUUCCAGUAUUUGAAGCAUUCAUUGAUUUGGCAUGUUAGCCUUGCAUCUGUAGGCGGUCUUGCUAGGCCUUUACCUAGCAAGACCGCCUCUAUGAAUCACUGACUCUUUUUGCAUUAAAGGAGCACUAUAGGGUCAGGAACACAAACCUGUAUUCCUGACCCUAUAGGGUUAGAACCACCAUCUAGCCCCCCUUUUGCCUCCCUAAAUAUAGUAACAUCUUACUUGUAUUCAAGUCUGGAGCUGCAUUGUUUGUCCCUGUUUCCUUUAGACCUGCCUGCUGACUUCAUCAGAAGUGGUAGCCUGAUCCAAUCACAAUGCUUCCCCAUAGGAUUGGCUGAGACUGACAGAGGCAGAGCCAGCACAAUUCAAACACAUCCCUGGCCAAUCAGGAUCUCCUCAUAAAGAUGAAUUGAAUCAAUGCAUCUCUGAGGAAAGUUCAGUGUCUGCAUGCAGAGGGAGGAGAUACUGAAUGUUUGGAUGCAUUUUAGGCAGCCAUGACCCAGGAAAGAUCUCUAACAGCCAUCUAAGGAGUAGCCUGUGAAGUUAUCACUAGGCUGUAAUGUAAACACUGCAUUUUUCUCUGUCUGAAAAGACAGUGUUUACAGCAAAAAGCCUGAAGGUAAUGAUUCUAUUCACCAGAACAAAUUCAAUUAGCUGUAGUUGUUCUGGUGACUAUAGUGUCCCUUUAAGAUUUUGAAAUUCUGAAAGCUUUAGUGAAUAACCCUUUGUAAGUAAUGGGUUGUUCUCUCUAACCUUAACCUCUAAUAUCAUUUUUAUAGGUUGCACUGUUACAGCUGAGAUUCAGGGAGUGAUUGAUGCCUGCGUUAAACUGAGUGGGAUGCCUGAUCUGACGCUAUCUUUUAUGGUGAGACAAUUUGAAGGUGUGGAACUGCAUGGGGAUAAUAGUAUUUAAUCAGGAAAGACACAUUCAGAUUACUCUGGUUUUCAAGUACGUCUUGGGGAUCUUACCUUAGCCCAACAUCCAGGGGUUGUCACGAUUACUCAAUUUAAUGGUACUCCUUUUAUCUACCUCGGAAAGAUGAAGGGCAAAGGCAACCCUGCCGGGAAUUGAACCUGUGACCCAAAGGUUGAACAGAUUCUACUGAUGAUGCAUUAGCUCUUUUCAUUGACAUACAAUGAUUGGGAAUCAUGCACAUUUAAUGACUUUGCAAACCCUGAGCAUACUGCGCAGUUAGUGAUAUUACCAUUAAGGCAGCAAGAAUAGUGCAAUGGGAAUUGGGUGCCAUCAGUGGUACAGCCUUCAAGACAGGUGGGAAUGCUGCGUGUUAUAGUAAUAAUGUUGUGCCUAGACUGAGGGGGAAAAAACCUUUUUGGUUUUCAUAGGAUAUCCAUAGUAAUAAACUCGUCACGUCACCUCCUUUGCGUUUUUUUGUUUCUCAGAAUCCUCGAUUAUUGGACGAUGUAAGCUUCCAUCCUUGUGUGCGUUUCAAGCGAUGGGAGUCAGAGAGAAUCCUCUCCUUCAUUCCCCCUGAUGGCAAUUUCCGACUGUUGUCCUACCAUGUCAGUGCCCAGAAGUAAGACCUUUUUCAUUUAUUAAGGAUGAUAAAUAUUAAAUGAGAAUUUGCAUAACUUAAAAUCCCAAAUUCUCAUGGUUUAGUAGAUACACCCACAUUGAAAUUGCAUGCAUUUAAUUUAUUUUUAUUUUUUUUGCAAUAGCUACAGAUCACUUGUCUGCAGCUUUUGCAAGCCCAUCAUCCUUUCUUCCCCAGCCUAGACUUAAUGUGGCUGGGCAAUUACGGACUUUCCAAUGCAGCUCAAUGACAAGUCUUUGCUAAACAACCAGACCGUAACAGCACCAGUUGUCUGAUUAACUUUCUUACAGCCCACCCUCCAGCUGUCAGAUUAUAGAAUUCAAUUUCUUUUGAAUUCUGCACUUUUUGUAAAAUGAAAAAAGGGACACUCUGUACACAUAGAGCACUUCAGCAAUCUAAAGAGAUAUAGGGGUCUUGAGUGUCCCUUUAAUACAAAAGUUAUACUGAUUAUGUGGGACUUUCUCUCUUACAGAGCCUUCUAUUCAUGCCAUGAUAGAUUUAACCCACCGUGACAUUGAGUUCAGAAUCUCCCAUCUUAAUAUCGCUCAAUGUUUUUAUUUUUCUUCUGUUGAGCAGAGAAAUGUGGAUGAUCAUAUUGCUUGUGAUGCACCAUGUCUACCUGGUUAGUUAUGCAGGAUGUACUCAUUACUAGACUUGGGCACAAAUCCCUUCCUGUCACAUUGAACAAAUCAAAUUCUUGGUAAAAUAUGGAUGAAUGAAUAGAUUUGUUCAACAUAGCUGGACCUGGAAAGGAUUUGUCUACUCAUUACCUCCGUAGCAGGAACUUACUGAUUGUGCCUUGCAGCUUGGUGGCAAUCCCUGUGUACGUGAAACAUGGAAUCAGUUUUCGAGAAGGUACAAGUUCUGGACGCUUUGAGGUGACGCUUGGACCCAAACAAAGCAUGGGAAAAACAGUGGAAGGUGUGACCGUCACUGGGCAGAUGCCAAAGGGUGUCCUCAAUAUGACACUGACCCCCUCACAGGGAACAUAUGUUUUCGAUCCAGUGACCAAGGUCAGGAACACAUGUUGUGUUGUGUGUCUACAGAAAAUUGGAAUGUACUUUGUAGUUUCUUGCGUUGGCAAAAUGGGCUGCACUUUGCUACAACAUUGCAUAUUGUAUUAGUGUAUGACUGUGCAUGUUAAUAUAAAACUCUAUUUCAAUACACAUUUAAAAUCAGACUGAAAAGGGAUGUGGCAGUGUGCCCAGAUAAAAGUAUGUCCAUAUUUGGUUUUGUAUUUAGAUGUGUGUUUUCAUGUACAACUAUAGUUUGGCAUAAUUGUGUUCAUCGCUAUGCUUUUGUAAAUAUCUCAUGCUUCCUUUCUACUGCAAACGCCUCUUGACUCAAUAUCUUACUUGCAGCUGUUGUCAUGGGAUGUGGGUAAGAUAAAUCCUCAGAAGUUGCCAAGUUUGAAGGGAACUAUGAUCCUCCAGGCUGGGUCUUCAAAGCCAGAUGAAAACCCUACACUCAAUUUGCACUUCAAGAUCCAACAGUUGGCCAUCUCUGGUAUGUCAAGGAGAGUGGUUGGGUAUUGUGCUUGCAAUAUCACUGCAAUUCAUUUAUCCACUAUCAACUACAUUUGUUUAAUCAGAGUAACAAGGAAUACUAUAUGCUCUAGUAAUGUUAAAUCUUCUAAAAACCUUUGGCUUACAUAAAAAAAUGGUAUUUCAAAACUGGUAGCUAUUUCAAAUUUUUUUUUUCUUGUCCAUAAACAGCAAAACAUACACUAGUCUAAAAUAACCAGGCAGAAUGAAGUACAGUCAUCUUAAAAUAUUACAUUUCCAUAAUUUGAUAUUGUAAGAAAUACAGGGUCCCAGAACAGCUGGAGGGACCGUGUGCCAGUAGUAAAUAGGCCACAAAUCAUCCUGAUUGGCUAAAGGGUGUGAUCUUCUGGAUUCCAUGCCAUGUAAAUCUGAAAAGGUGCCAAACAUGAAAACAAAUACUCAGGGGAAAAAAACCCAAAUGGACAAACAAAACAUACUGGAUGAAGUAAAAGGAUGAACAGAUGCCAACUAUAAUUAUUCGGUAGCAAAAACAAGACCACUCCCAGCCAACAUAAAGAUAACAAAAUGCCUUUUUUGUCUUGAAAAGCUCCAAGCUAAGUACACUCUAAUUGUUACUCAGGUGACUACAAAACAAGGCAUAUUGAUAAAAUGGAUUGCAGAAUGGGAAACCGCAGUGAAAUUAAAGCAAUCUGAUGCAGAGGUCAUGAGUGAUAUACCAUGCGUUUUUGUGCCUUAAUAUAGCUCCCACGGAAGGUACACCCACCUGGCCAUAGUGAUUUAGUACCUGUUUAUAGGUUAUAAUUAAUAUAUCUCUAUAUGUUGAAUAAUGUUAAAGCAGUAUUUUGUCUUUUCCUUUUCUUCAGGCCUGAAGGUAAACCGACUGGACAUGUAUGGAGAAAAAUACAAACCCUUCAAAGGCAUCAAAUACAUGACCAAGGCUGGAAAAUUCCAAGUCAGGACAUAGGGCUAGAGUUCAGUCUGCCUUUUCCUACCUUGUGUUCUGUUAUUGUUAAUGCUCCUAUCUCAGUAUCUGUGUGCGUGUUGCUAUGUAUAAGAAUGCUAGUAUGCCAUAUGUGUGGAUGGUUUGAGUUGCACCGUGUGGCUCUACAGUAGAUCUUGGCAACUGCUAAACUUCUGUUGAGCAGUGAGGAUGUGUGGUGAUGGCUUGCACUGGCAUUCUAGUCUAGAGUAGAUGAAAACUAGAUUAGUGUGCCUGUAGAGAAUGUGGUGUAGUCCUAUGUGUGCAGUAUGUUUAAAAAUAAAAGUUGUGGAUAUGAAGAGUGCAUUAUUGUAACAUGUUCAUAAUACACUAUACAACUGUGACCAUUUUGACAUAAAUAAUUACUGAACAUGUUCUGCUGUGGUUGUGUGACUACUAUGAAAGAUAUGUGAUGGCAGUAUGUGUAAGGGUUAUAUUUCUGAUUUGCAUUCACGAGUAAAGCAGGACCAAUACAGUGAAAGCCGCCAUGCUAUAGAAUGUUGGUAACAUUAAGACACCUGGAAAGAUAUAUAAUUUGUUUCCAGGGUUUUUGUUGGGGAAAGGAAGAGAUAUACAACUGGCUAGUGGUCUGGAACCUUCUGAUUCAAGACCAUUAUAUGAAGAUUGUCCUCAUUUAUUAAACCAUGAUUGUUCAGGUACAGGUAACUUAAGUCUGAAGAUUUGAUUUGCAGAUUUCUUGUGCAUGUAAACACUACCCAUGACUGGUUUCUGUGUUGCAGGAUAAUCAUAUUUUCCAGAAAUUACCCUAUUUUAUGUGUACAACAGAAUCUUUCCUGCACUACUUUCUUUAGACAAUGAGACCAUUUUGCUGAUUUUGAAAUGUUCAGUGACCUCAGGUCCAGCAACGUGUAAACAAUCUUUCACUUGUGUCUAAUAAAAUGGACCUUGGUACAUAACUAGUGUGUUGUUACUCAAAUGUUUUAUUGUUGAUUGCUUUCUUAUAAG